AUGAAGUUUGUGCAGCAAGAUUUGGAAGAUUACCAAGCCUCACGCGAAAUAACACUUGUGCUGAGCCCUUGCUCUUUUGCUGCAAUUUCAACUAGAAGGUGUCAUUUCAUCUACAAGGGCUUUGCUCAGUGUCUCAUGGCACUGGGCGACAGUCUAACGGACAGCGCGCACAAGGAUGAAGACACACAUGAGAUACACUCCAUUUGCAGAUCAUGGGAUGACUUUCAUGACUGCGCCAAUGUGGCGAUGGCCAGCUGUCCAGAGGAAGCAGCGACCGUCUGGGAAUCUCUCCGCCAAGAAUCCAAGAAGAUGCAGUUUUCAGGAAACCUCUACGACAUGUGCUCCAACCGCAACAGUCACACAUUAACCUCAGGGUCCCACAUCCAAGGAGAGCUCAACCAAGAGUCUCUAAGAGGGCGAGUCAGUCGUUUGGCAGCCUCCUACUACUUUACCAUGCUUCUGUCUCCUCUGUUGCUGCUGUUUUGAACAGAACUGCCUAAACACAAUGGGACUUGUGCAAAUAUGAACUUUGUGCAUUUUCACCUCCAACCUUCCUCACUGUCCCCCUUUUCCUAAACACCAGAAGAGAGGAAUGCAUGCUUUCUUUCUGAAUUUCCGUAAUUCUAUUUCUUACUGAUUUAAACUGGCGUUAGCUGAGACUUGUACAUAGUUAAGACAAAAAAAAGAAAAGCCAUGUAUCACCUAUCUGUCUUUAUACUUUCAUUUGUCAUAUAAAGUACAAGCUUGUAACAAAAGCUGGCCAAAAAGGACAGCGCAUGGGCCCAUAUCCAAUGUCCUGUUCAGGUUCAUCCAAAACAGCAGACAAGACUUUUGCCUUUAUGUUACUGGCUUUUAAAAGAAAUUUUUUCAAGACUAACUCCAAGGAUUUUCACAGUGUGUAGAGUGUACAGCUUAUCUUGACUUUAAGGUGCAUGUUUCAAUAUCAAAUACAAAAAGCAUGAUAUACUGUACAUUGGUUUAACUGCAAGGCUCUUUUCCUUGAUGCUCAGCCCUUAUAUACUACAGAUGAGGUGGAGAUGAGAGCUAUGAGAUUUAUCCAAUUGAUAGCACAGAGCAGCAGUGAUUAGCACAUUUGCCUCAGUUUGAAGAUUCGGCUUCCUCGCCACAUUUCAAAGACAAGCAUGUUAGGUUCAUUGAUGACUUUAAAUUGUCUUAAUGUGUGGAUGUUAGUUUGAAUUAAUGUGCUGGUGACCAGUCCAGGGUGUGCCCCCCUCUCCCAAAGUCAUCUUGGAUUAUUUUUAGAUGACCCACAAUCCUAAUGAGAACAAGUGAC